AUGACAAAGCCAACCAAUUUGCUUCCUACCUGUUCUGCUGCCAACAAGGCGAAAAAAUUUUCACCAAAGUUUUUACUUCCCUCCAUCUUUUCCCUCUACACAUUUCAUUUUUAUUUUUUUUCAUUUCAUAACACAAAAACUUUUCUCCCUACACAUACCUUAAUUUUCGCCAUCUCUUCCUUCCACGUCUCUUCCCACCGCCAAGUCGCCGUUCACUGGAUUUGCUCCACUACCGAGUCGCCGGCCGCGUAUCUCCCACCACCACCACGUUCUCUGCUCCUCUCAUCGAGAUGUCGUGGAUCGAUUGAGCACGAAUUAAAGAACAUUGAAGUGGUUGCCGCUCUCGGAGAUUGGGGCCACCGGUUUCAGGGUCUUGAAGUUUCUGAAACCCUUUUGGAGAAAGUUAAGAACUUUGACCUUGUCUUGCUCAUUGGUUUUUUUCUCUGGCCAAAUCAAGGUCGUGGAGCCCAUAGUUCCAGUUAUUUUUCAACACACAAAGGCAACCACUUCCAUAUAGAGAAACAGGUAAGGGGGCUCUAUGAGAAGGCCCAGGAGAUAUUGAUGAAAGAAAGCAAUGUUCAGGACUGGAUUUGAAGCAAACAAGGAUCUGCCUACUGUGAAAAACACCAUGAUUGCUGGUAGAUAUUAUGUAACUAAAUAUCUGGGUUCAGCUACUUUAGUAAGAUUUCCCUCUAAAUUUGGGUUUAAUUCACUUCUUCCUUCGGCGUACAGUUUCAAAAUUAUGAACUUCAUGCCUGUGUCAUUUUUUGGUGGAUUGAAAGAACGGAUAAGGAAUUAUCAUUUAUCUGUGAGUUAGUUAUGUUUGCUAUUAGUUGCGAAAGUAGUAAAUUCAAAUUUCGGUUUGAUCUGUUUGGAAAGGUAGAACUAGAUGAUGGCAUUAUGUGCUUCAAUUUGAUGAAGAGUCCCAUGAUUCUGUUGUGCAUGAUAUUUUUCUACAGCAUAUUGUUUACCUGAUGGCAGUGUCUAGGCAGCAAUGCUGCCAGCACUCU